AUGUCGGCCGCCGUAGACGAAAGAGUUACAGAUGAGAUUGAAGCUUUAGAAGCUAUUUUGAUGGAUGAUGUAGUGAUCAAACGUGUCGGUGAAAUGCCAGACAUCAUCGAAACAGUUGUACAUCCUUCGACUGGUGAUGAUAUCGAUCAGCAGUUCGUAUGUGUGACUCUUGAAGUGAAGUUAACCCCGGAAUACCCUGAUAGUAGCCCCUUAGUGACCCUUAGGAAUCCAAGAGGGCUCGACGACAAACUCCUUUCAACUAUUAAUUCACAAAUCAAAGAAAAAUUAAGUGAUUGUCUGGGACAGCCUGUAGUUUUUGAGCUCAUUGAGCUUAUCAGAGAAAAUCUCACAGAAAGCAACUUGCCAAGUGGUCAAUGUGUUAUUUGCUUGUAUGGCUUCACUGAAGGGGAUGUAUUCAUCAAAACGCAGUGUUAUCAUCAUUUCCACAGCCAUUGUCUUGCUAAUCAUCUAAUUGCUGGUCGUAGGUACUACCAGGAAGAGUUAGAAAAGAUACCGCUUUGGCAACAAGUAUCAGCACCUCCUUAUCAGCAAACAUGCCCAGUGUGUCGUUGUCCUGUCUCGUGUGAUGUUGACACUCUGAAGAAAGCACCACCACCAAUGGAUUCCAUUACAGCACCGCCAUUUUGUUUGACUGCUGAACUAAAAGAUCUUCAAAGAAAAAUGGCGGCACUUCUAGCUCAACAGGUGGCAAAGGGCGGCGUGGUGGGUGUUGGCGAUACGGGACCACCACCACUUACAAUCACCACACCCGCUGAUAAUGAAAUUCAAGAAGAAGCAACAAACGGAUCACCUGGCGCUUCUCAAGAAGUGAAGGUUGAAGCCAUUGUGGAACGCCAAAAUGGAAAUGGCUCUAAUGAGGCUUCAACCGGCGCGGCAAGCCGGGGCGGCGCGGGGCGCGGGGUGCCGCGCGGUGACACCCCCCGCGCGCCUGCACGCCGCGCGCCGCAUAGCCGCGCUACCGACCGCUAG